AUGGCCGUUUCAAAGGUCUUCUUCUCGACGCCGCCUCUGCUUGGGCACAAUGAGGCUUACCUCCCACCGAUCAAGGGUAUGGGCCAUGUAGCACAGCUGUUGGCUGGGCCGGCUCUGAUGAUCCUGGUCCUGGGCUUGCAGAAUCUCAAGAGGCAGCUCACAAACACCCACAAGAGCGAGCUCUACGAGCACAUCUGGAAGUUUAUUUCCAAGGCCGAGGCCCGAGACAAGACCGGGCGAAUCGUCCAAUACUUCUGCCGCUUCCUGCAAGGCUUCCUGGGCCACAUGUCCGAAGGCUUCUGGCUCCAGGCCUGGAAGCCCGUGAUCGCCGAGGUUCAAACGACACUUGCCUGGGCUCGUCGCACCCACCGAUGGGGCAAGGAGCUCCCGCACAUCCCAGCGCUGGGGAAGGCCAUUGAGAGCGGCGACAUUCUGGAGGCAGCUCAGCGGGCAGUACUCAUCACCUUCUUGAUCCAGGAUCAUAUCUACUGGCUGCUGAAAGUUGGCAUCCUCAAAUUCCAGAACUACACCGCGAUCCAGUGGCAUCGGAGAAAUCUCAGGUUCAUCACACUGUCCCACGUGCUCAACUUCUCUCUGUGCGUGCGGCAGGUCAUGAACAUUCGAAAGAAGCAGCAGGCAAUGAAGCCGGAAGACAAAGACGCAAUCAAGCAAGCGGAUAAGAAGGUCUAUGACGAAAUGAGAAUGAUGGUCAGGUAUACUCUGACCUUCAUUCAGAUGCUGCACGUCUCACAGGUGAAGAAGAUGGACGACUGGUACAUCGGCUUGAUGGGCGUGGCGUCCUCGUACAUUGACGCGUCGAAGCAGUGGUGA